AUGCCAAAGCCUCUACAGCACGAAGAUAGAAUCCAAUUAGCACUCGAGGCCUUACGUUCAGGCCAAAUCAAAAUCAUUCGCAAGGCUGCGGAUGCGUUUGGUGUACCGAAGUCCACUCUCCACAGACGCGUCAAGGGGGGCGGUACGCGUCAAGAAGCUCAAGUCAAGAACCGAAAGCUACGCCCAACUGAAGAAGCAGCCUUGAUUCAAUGGAUCGAGUCAUUGGACGACCGUGGGAUGUCGCCGACGAUCGGUUAUAUCCGACAGAUGGCUGACCUUCUUCUCCGCGAGCGUGGAGGCUUCACUCUACUCAACGGGUUUUUUACAUCCACCCCGGUCCCAGCGAUGACUGUCCAAAGUACGACUAUCAACGGGCCUUAUGCCGAGGAUCCAGAGAAGAUUUCAGCGUGGUUUGCACGAGUGCAAAGGACCAUCAACGAAUACGGUGUUCUUGACAGCGACAUCUACAACUUUGACGAGACUGGUUUCCAGAUGGGUGUUGCAAGCACGUCUAAAGUGGUCACUCGAUCUGACCGACGGAAUCGACCUGUUGUUAUCCAGCCGGGAAAUCGAGAGUGGACAACUGUCAUCGAGUGCAUUAACGCAUCCGGCUGGAGUGUUGACCCGAUGAUUAUCUUUGAAGGAAAAGUCCACAUUUCGUCGUGGUACGACGGCUCAGUGCUGCCAAAGACAUGGCGGAUUGGAGUCAGCGAUAACGGCUGGACAACCGAUGAGCUUACCUUCGAGUGGCUUCGAGAAGUCUUCGAGCCACAAACUCGAAAACGGACUGUUGGUCGAUAUCGGCUUCUCAUUCUCGAUGGUCAUGGAAGCCAUUCGACGCCUGCAUUCGACAAAUUCUGUACUGAGCAUCGGAUCCUUACAGAGUGUAUGCCUCCGCACUCGUCGCACUACCUCCAGCCCCUUGACGUUAGCUGUUUCGCUGUGCUUAAGCGGACGUACGGCGACCUUGUCAAAGCGAAGAUAGCACUCGGGGUUCAUCACAUUGACAAACCGCGAUUCCUCGAACUGUUUCUCGAAGCUCGGAAAAGACAUUCAAUACAAAGAACAUCGCAAGCGGCUUUAGAGCUGCAGGGCUCUUGCCUUUCGAUCCAACUCAGGAGGGACUAUGACGAUUGGAGAAGGGAUGACACAUCGAGGCCUCCCAGAAUGCUCGUCAGAAGGGUCAAGAAAGCCAGGAAGCUCGUCGAGAGGUCGAAGAAGGAGAGUAAAGCAAUUAGAUUCCAACUUAUUAGUAGGGGCUAUCGAAACAAGCAGGCACUCGAGGCCCUGCUAGAAGAAGCGCAGUACGACCUAAUGGCUAUUCAGGAGCCAUGGAUCAACCAACAAACCAAGUCAACCUACUGUCCCAGAGGCUCGAAAUACCACCUAGUUCACAAAGCAAGUGGGCGAGCGGCUAUAUUCGUCAGCCGAAAGUUCGACACAGGACAGUGGGAAUAUGAGACUUCAAAGGAACAUUGUAAGGGGGCCCAGCGAGGCCGCACUUCGACAAUAGACCACUUCUGGGCAUCAGUGGGUCUACAAACGACCUACUACGGCCUGGAAUACAGGGGGAAGUCAGACCACUACCCACAGAUUUUGGAAGCUGACAUCGGAGGCCCCCUACCACAACAAACCCAGCCAGGGGGUUGGAACUGGAAGAUGAUGGACAGGCGUAGGGUGGAGGCCGAGGCGGCCCUCCUACCAGAGAAAAUAGGCCUAGAGGACCCAGGGCCACAGGGCCUCCGGGCACAAGUCAGGGAGCAGGAGGGUUUAAAAGAAGCAUUCAACUGGUUGGUCGAGGAGCUACAGAGGAUAGCUGAAGUGGCCACCCCCUCGGAAGAAGGCCAACAGAGGCCACGGCUCGCCGUGGUGGUCAGUGGAGGUCCAAGGAGGCCCAGGGAGAGGCAAGGAGAGCCGAAAGGGAGUGCAAGGCAGCCCCGUCGGAGCACAACAAAGAAAGACUUAACCAAGGUCUACGGGCCCUCGCGGCCACCAUCAACAAAGAGAAAACGAAGACCUGGAGGACAACAAUGCAGAAAGCCACCCACAAAACCGACCUGCUAUGGAGCCUAG